AUGUCAUCGUCCCCUUCGAAGUUGUUCACUCCCCUUCAAUUGGGCUCCAUCGGAGCCCUUCAGCAUCGGGUGGUCUUGGCUCCUUUGACUCGAAACCGCGCGACAGAGCCCGAGUUGGCGCCAUCGGACACUGCAGUGCAGUAUUACCGACAAAGGGCGAGUCCUGGAGGUCUCCUCAUCACGGAGGCGGUACACAUCAGCCCGGAGUCUUUAGCCUAUCCCUCAACUCCAGGCAUAUGGUCCACAACUCAAGUGGAAGCUUGGAGGCGGGUGACGCAAGCUGUACACGAACGAGGUGGGCUGAUCGUGUGUCAGCUGUGGCAUACGGGACGCGUAGCACAUCCGGAUUUUGCCAAGCACCCUUCUAAUGUAGGGGAACGGCAUCGGCCUGGGGUAUCGGCAAGUCAGGUGCAGAUUGUGAGCCGCAGCGGGAAGCCAGGAAAAACUCUCACAUACGAUGGCAUCAGGGAUUUUGCCGUUCCCCGAGAACUAUCCGUGGAAGACCUUCAGCGGCUCAUAGACGACUACACCCUUGCAGCUCAGAAUGCAAAAGCCGCUGGAUUCGAUGGUGUGGAGGUUCACGCAGCGCAUGGAUAUUUGAUCGAUCAGUUCUUGAACAACGGAGUCAACUGUCGUACAGACCAGUACGGUGGUUCGUGUGAGAACCGGUGUAGGCUACUCCGACAGGUGGUUGAGGCUGUGUCCGGUGUUUGGGCAGAUGGCAAAGUGGGAGUCCGACUGUCUCCACACGAUGCACCAAACGGCGGCAAUACAUUCUACGGCUGCACGGACUCUAACCCGGAUGCCAUUUAUUCGCAUGCCGUUCAGGCCUUGAACGAGUAUCCGCUUGCGUAUUUGCUCGUCACCGAGCCGCGGUGGGUCGGCAAGCACGAUGCCAAUCCUGAGAAGGAUCCAGGCUUUCAAAUGCCUUUGAUCAAUCUGCAGAAGUAUCGCUCGCUGUUCCACGGUGUCAUGAUUGGAGCAGGAGGCUUCACGCCGGCCUCUUCCUACGAAGCUUGCAUGGAGGACAGACAGGGAUAUGAUGCCAUCGCAUUUGGACGUUGGUUCAUUUCAAAUCCCGACUUGCCAGCACGAUUGAAGGCCUGGCAUCAGAGCAAAUCUUCGAGAGACCGUCAGGAACCAACCAGGGACCCUCCAUGGCUCAACCGGUACGACCGGAAUACGUUCUAUGCAUCUGGGGCAGAAGGCUAUAUCGAUUAUCCCUCCAUGGAGUAUGAGGGAGCUGCUUUGAGCAGCAAUGCUACAACAUCAAUCGAACAUGAAGGGAUGAUUGCAGGGAAGUACCAGCUAAUGGAUCCUUCAAAAGUUGGCACAAGCUUGACAGCCACAGAGAACACGGAAGCAAGAAGUAAGCUGUAA